UGCGAUAUCUUCUUCACUCACAUCGAUUACCUGAAGACACACCACAAACACGAACACGAGAGAUACAAAGGCACUCGUCAGUCGAAGACAAUCACCAUUUCUGGCUAUGAGAUACCGAAAGAGCCGUUAAUCACAACGGUUUACAAGCCAUCGGCCAGUAGAGGCACUCAAACCAUGAUCUUGUCGGCCAACGGAACGCCCAUCGAAGUGGCGCCCACUCCCGGGCCCUCCACUUCCGUGACCACAAGCAACACGUCUUUUAGUUAUUCGCCGCAAGUGUCUGGCGAUGAGGUGUUGAAGUGUUCGUUCCCUCACUGCUCCUUCACUACAAACAACAAACAGAAACUCGAGUUUCACAUCAGCGCCCACACCAACUCCAAGUACAAGGUGGGCAACAUUCUCACUGAUAUCUACCGCCACAUCAAGAAGAGUACCAAACAUGACGGCAAGAAAGUGUUUGAAUGCAAAAUACACCAGAAAUGCGAUUUUGCCAUCGAUUGCGAAAAGUCCUUUAAAGAGCACUUAAGACUUAAACACUUCCGAGAGGACACUCCCGAGAAAUAUAUCGACGGUAUCGUUGAGGACCUAUUCCUCAAUAAGCCAACCAAUGGUGACGAUCCCAACAAUAAAUGA